GUGUGUGUGUGUUAUAAGAAUGAGAUAAUAGGUCGGCACAGCACUAAUGACAUUUUUUUUCAGUUCAAUUUGUGUUUGUGUUUGGUAAAAAUUUGAGAUCAUCGAUGUCUUUACAGAUUGUAAACGAAUUAAAUGUGUGAAUUGAUUUAAAUUUUCCUCCAUGCAUUUUGGCAGCAAUGCCAUUUAGUUCUGAACUAUUCUUGGAAAAACAUUUCAGAUUUACAGUCAUGGACCGAAGGACGAUUUCACAAUGUUAACCGAUAAAUACCACUGUUUGGCGUACUUGAUAGCCUUGUAUAGCCUGUAUGAGUGUAGCCCUAGAAGUACAGUCACUGGACUUUAUAGUGAGCCAUUAAAUAUCAGCAAGGGAGAUAACUUUAAAAAUAACACACCAUCAAAGGGAAGUAAUAAAAAGAACUUUCCCAACAACCGUAGGAUACUUUCAAUGAGACUAAAGGAGGAGAUGGAUCAGUUCUACUCUUUGCCCUAUAACGUCACUGGAUCAUGUCUGAAACAUUUCCAAAACAUCUCUGAGGGCCUGGAGAGAGGCGACUUAUGGGCCUUAGCAUUUCCCGACUCGAAUGGUGUUCCUGCUACAGGAGCCAUUAAACAAAUGAAAAGGAUUUUGGGCAGUUUUGACCAGUGUGAGUCUAUUGGUCAGAUGGUAGACGAUGAUGAUGAGUUGACUGGAAGAUAUACAGAGAUGGAACUGCCACGCCAGGGCGUUGUGCUCCGAUGGUUUGUCUGCGUACCCAGGUCUUGCAGUUAUGGUGACCUAGAUGAUAUAGGCAAAACCUUUGCAGAGAAAUUAAACUUUGACUAUAUAAACGUAGUAAGAAAUGAGAUUGAGAAUCCCUGGCUAGACUCCUGGUUCUGGCUCGCUGUAGUGGUGCUAGCCACCUUGAUGUGUUUCGCCGUUCUUGGGACUCUUGUCGACUGCAUUGAUCGAAUGACUUUAAAAGUAAAUACAACAGAGAAAGGAAACAAACUUACGACAGACGAGAUUGAAGAUCACAAUCAAAACGACAACUCAGCAGAAAGGAGAGAAACAGAGAGAAAUGGUUCCAAUGAUUCGAACGAAUCACUCAGUGCUCGCUGUAAACGAAUUGAAGGACGAGGUCUGGUGAAACGAAUUCUUCUGUCAUUCUCUUUGAGAACCAAUCUCCUUGACCUUCUGAAGACUGAGAGCUCUGAUGGUGACAUCCGUUGUCUUAACGGUCUGCGUGUGUUAAGCAUGUUGUGGGUGGUACUUGGUCACACGGCCAAUUUCUUGCCGGAAAUUAAAGAUGAGUCAAUGAAAUCAAACGUAAUGAAGCACUGGCUGGCGUACUUAUUAUUCAAUGCAACUUAUGGUGUGGAGACUUUCUUUUUUAUAAGUGGAUGCCUGGUGUCUUAUCUGUUCAUCAGAAACUCAGAGAAAUUAGGCCACCUGAAACCUGGCCAUUUGGUCGCAUACUACACUCAUAGAUAUGCCAGGUUGACGCCGUCUUUUAUGGUCGCAAUGUUGAUUUACACCGGACUUUUACCCUACGUCAACUCUAGUCCCUACUCCACUACCUCUCAUGGUUACCUCAGCUGCAGGCGUUACUGGUGGCGUAAUCUUCUCUACAUCAGUAAUUUUUUCGACUACAAAGAAAUGUGUAUGACCUGGUCCUGGUAUUUACCUAACGAUAUGCAGUUCUACAUCAUGGCUCCUGUUUUUACUCUCCCCAUUGUAUAUGGAUGCCGGAAAGUCAGUCUACUGGUCGCUGUCCUGAUGGUCAUCUGCCACGUAGGGUCAACCACCCUGGUCAUUGAGUCCUACAAGGAUUGGAAUAAUGGAAGUUACAAAAAGUACAUGAACCGACUUUACAUCAAACCUUGGACCAGAGUUGCACCGUAUGCCAUUGGUCUGGUUUUGGGAUACAUUCUGACCGCUUGGACUCCCAACAGAAAGAUCACUAGGCAAGAGCUUCUCAUUGGCUGGCUGGUCACGUCUGCUAUUGUUAUUCCCAUGAUGCUCUUUCAAAAUGGCAACUUCACCAUCCAUUACAGCGUUGUGGCCAAUUUCAAUGAGAUAAACUCCAGAAUCUAUGAAAUUAUAAAAAGCCCUCUGUGGGCGCUGUUUGUGGCAUGGGUUGUUUUUACUUGUCGCUAUAGCAACGGGGGUUUGAUCGAUUCUUUCUUAUCCUGGAAUGGAUGGAUGCCUCUGUCCAAGCUGAGUUACGGAACUUACCUCUGUCACCUGCUGGUUGUGUUAUACCUCAACAACGUCACACCUUCUGAUGUUCACCUCACAAUGAGUUAUAUUAUCCAGAAAGGUGUCAGUGUCAUGAUCUUGGCUUACAGCAUGUCUUUAGUUCUGUCACUUCUUGUUGACAUGCCAGUUAGAAAUCUAAUGAGAUUAACCUAGAGACCUAGAAAUCUAAUAACAUUAACCUAGAGACCUAGAAAUAUGCAGGAAUUUAUUUCAUUUAGAGAAUAUUUAACAAACAUUCCCAUGCACCAUAUAUGUAAUUAAAAACAAAUGAUGAUAUAAUA